AUGGUGGCAUUGCCGCCAGAUCUCUGUUUUGUGCCGUUCGAUAGCGUUGUGGACACGGCGUUUUGGCAUGUGCUUUCAAAGAAGAAACUUGAGGAUUACCGACUGCUGGAGGGGCCCUUUCCUAUGUCUGGAGAGCUCACAAACGGCACCCCUCUUGGCACUGCUCCGCGAAUCAGCAUUGAUCAUGCCAGUUUGGAUGAUGUUAAAUCAACUGGAAGGGGAAAUUUGUUUCGUGUAAAUGGUUACUUGUUUAUACUCAAUACAAUCGACAAAUUCCGUGAAAUGGACAAACAGGCGCAUAUUGACAAAUUGGGUCGGAAGCACAUUUGCGAAGAAGCUGUCAACGCACAACAUGAUUUUCUGCGAAACCCUAACCAACUGCUCGCUUUUUCUCUUCUUACAUAUUGUGAUCUGAAGCACCACAAAUUUUACUAUUGGUUUUCAUUUCCCGCUGCGGUUCAGGCUAAGAAGCCAAAACUUGUUUCCAAAACCCCAAUCAUGACCGAGUUUAGUAAAGUUCAGUUGGCCAAUCUUCGGGUGAAGUAUGACGAAUGGCGUAAGCGGAGCAAUGAUGCUUUCUUUUGCAUUAACUCCACUUUCGAUGGCAUUGAAAUUGAUAGCCUCGAGUUUCUCAAAAUUGAAGACAAGACCAAUUACAUUGGAUUUUGCGACCCUUCUAGCCAUGAGGACUUUCCAGGAUGGGGUCUCAGGAAUCUCCUCUUUGCUCUCUCAACGAUCAUAAACGAGAGUAAGAUCGUAACGGUAGUGUGUUUUCGGGAUCGAUACGCCAACCAGGAGCGGAUUAUAUCCAAUAGUCUCGUUCUACGAAUCAGCAUCGAGCCGGAAUCUGUCUCCAAGAGUGUCAAUUUCGUGGGUUGGGAGAAGUGGAAAGGCAAGCUUCAGCCACGACUGGUCAAUCUCAGUUCCACUAUGGACCCGGUCAAACUGGCCGACUCGGCGGUUGAUCUAAAUCUAAAGCUCAUGCUCUGGCGUGAACUGCUCAAAAUCGACCUUAACACACUUCAUAAGACUCGAUGCCUUAUUCUCGGAUGUGGUACCCUAGGCUGCAACGUCGCGAGGGAAUUAUUGGCUUGGGGAUUCCGGAGCAUUACCUUUGUAGAUAACUCUACCGUCUCCUAUUCGAAUCCUGUGCGACAGACCCUCUUCACCUUUGAGGACGCCAAGUCUGGGGCUGAAAAGGCUCUUGCUGCUGCCGAGGCUGUUAAGCGUAUUCUUCCCACUGUGGAUGUGAGAUCAUACAACCUCACUGUUCCAAUGCCUGGUCAUCCUGUAUCAAACGCUUCCGCUGGAUCAGAUGCAUCUAAGCAAGUAUCCAUAGUGCGUGAGGCCUGUCAGAAGUUGGAUGAACUCGUUCAGAAUCAUGAUGUCAUCUUCCUUCUACUGGAUACUCGUGAAGCACGUUGGCUUCCCACCAUGCUUUCCACCUAUCACAACAAAAUAGCAAUAACGGCUGCGCUGGGGUUUGACAGCUACUUAGUAUUGCGCCACGGUGUACCCCGCGACCAUGGGAUUUCACCAUCCUCUUAUCAAGCUCCUUCAGGCGAUGAUAGAAUCAAGGGAAUCGAUGGAAGUUGUUUAGGCUGCUACUUUUGUAGCGACGUGGUUGGUCCUGCGAAUUCCACUCGAGACCGUACUCUGGAUCAACAAUGCACUGUUUCUCGUCCCGGUGCCUCCAUGAUAGCUUCUAGUUUGGCAGUUGAAUUGUGCGUUGGUUUGCUUCAGCAUCCCGAUGGAGCCUUCGCUCGUGCCGAAACACGUAAAGAUAAUGAAAGUACGGUACCUCAAAGUCUCACCUUCAGCUUCCUUCCUCACCAUAUCCGAGGUUUCUUGUCUCAAUUCACCGAGAUUGUGCCUUGCACAACUGCCUUUUCACGGUGUUCUGCGUGUUCCCAACCGGUACUUGAUGCCUAUGCAAAAGAGGGGUUUGAAUUUUUGCUUCGAGUUUUUGACGACGCUGCUUAUUUGGAGGAGGUCGCAGGACUAAAGGAACUGCAUAUCGAGACUUAUUUUGAUGAGGUGAGUUAUCAGUCCUUGUCAGGGCUCAACUCUUAUCUGUGCGAUGGUGCUUCCGAUGACUCCGACCCCUGA